AUGACAAAGAGAAGUGGAAAUCGAGGCACAGGUCCCAAAGCCUCCGCGGCGAACUUGAUCCCGCUCGGCAACGCGAGACGGCUGGGAAGAUCCUCUGGCGAUGAUGGCAUCUCAACAACCAUAAGCGAUGAUCGCCAUGAGAAUUCGCGACAUUUCGAGCGUAGCUCUGAGCGGGUUUUUCAAAUGCCGCCGCGACGAGAAGAUCAACGGGCUGCAUACGCGGUGACUGCCUCAUCUGAGAUUGAAAGUUAUUCGCUGCACGAUGGUACAAAGUCGCACACAUCCAGCCAGCCGGUCUCUGAGCGGGCUGACCGAAGUCACCAAGGCAACGUCCAUAGCUCGAGACUCGCACUGCUGAGUGAGGGCUCGACGUCCCAAGAGAUGGGCCCGAGUGAUCGACAGGACCACCACUUCGCUGGGCGGCCUCGCAAGCAAAGUGACAAAAGCACCAGGGAUAGAAUCCGUGAGGCGCCGAGGAAGGGCCACCGGCGCGGAAAGAAACAUGUGUCGUCGUCGGAGCUGAAAAGGUGGCAUACUGAGGACGCAGGAAGAGGAGGGGGAAAUGGUGUUAAGCGCAAAGCUACGGCGUCGAACCUCAUUCCUCUCGGACGGCCUGAUCGGUUGGCGCGUGAUACGCGAGGCGAUCAAAGGAAGAGGGAUCAUAUUGAGGAGGAGGUUCAUACUUCUCCGACUGGCCGGCGUGUUCAUUUUGUGGACGAAAAGACCAGUACGCCGGCCGUACCCCGAAGCGAGGAAAGUGAACAUGAAAGGGCUUCGAAUGACACUGAAGAGACCAUGGUUUUAGAGACAACACCAUAUACAAGCACUGCGAAGUCGGAUUCUGGAUACGACGAUACCAUUUCUCUCUUUGAUCGUGUCCUGGGUCACUGCGAGGGAUCAAAGUUCCAAGAAUAUAUGGCUUUUGACAAACAAGAGCUAUGUUCCAAAGCCGAACAGUACGCUAUGCCCGCGCGAUUUCGACUUCUUGGAACAAAGGAACAUAUCGCACAUUGGCUUGCAUGCAUGACCGAAGUUAUGGCCUGGACUACAGAGGAACGUUCGCACAUCCUCAGCCGAGAUUUCGGAGCCUGGAAGGCGAGCUGGGGCGACACUGACGCCAAACAGCACCGCUUUUUGUCAACAACAUACUGGGCCAUGGGUAUAUGCAAGCGUUUGGGUCUGCUAGACAAGACAAAGCAAGAGGUGAUUGAUAUGGCGCGGGAAAUGGGAGUCAAGGUCAAUGAUGCCGAAGAGGGCUUUGAGCUUGUGUGGGCCAUGGAGGUUAUGCAGAAUUCGAACGACAAGACAAGUGUCCCUGCCGAAUUGGAAGCACCAAACAUAUAUUCGACAGUGGAGGUGAGCCAGGAGGACCAAGUCAAGGAGAGAUUGUUGGAGAAGAGGACGUUGGAAGUUGGGGCUUGUGAAGCGCAUUCGUCGCCACCGAAAAGGUUGAAGAGCGUCUGA